AUGGAUCCAUUGGCAGCGGUCCUGAAAGUCCUUGCCCGGCUGACAAAGAAAGACACCAAAGCUCAGCAACUCACAAACGCAAUACAAGACAAGACGACGGCGACGGCGACGAAAGAAGAAUGUUAUAUUAUGAUGGUCUUUCUUCUUUACCCGGAUGAUUUUAUCCGUUCAUCUGCUGACGCUANAGUUGAACUAUCCCAGGUGGGUAUCCGGCCGUGCGAUAUAUCCAGACAACUCCGGGUGUCUCACGGAUGUGUCUCAAAAAUCCUCGCUCGAUACCACGAAACAGGGUCAAUUCUUCCUGGCGCCAUCGGUGGAUCUAAACCCCGCGUUACAACCCCCAAGGUGGUAGCCUUUAUCAAGGAAUUAAAACAAAAAGAUCCAGGCAUUUUUGCCUGGGAAAUACGAGACAAGCUCCUAGCAGAAGCAGUUUGCGACAAAUACAACGUUCCGUCCGUGAGUUCCAUUAGCAGAAUUCUUAGGAACAAGAUUGGGACAUUGUCACAUCACUCUUAUCACCCCUAUUACAAAAGCGUCUACUCGUCAUACAAUUAUCCGAAUCAGAAAGUUCAAAGGUCGCAAACACAAAGGCCGAGUCCUGUUUCGUGGCCUAGCUCUCACAGUGUAACCGAUAUUUUGGCCGGAGUCCACGCGGCUGCAUUUAAGCCUCCACCAUCAUCGCCGUCGAUGGCUCUUCCUUCAGGACCUUCUCCUACAGGAUCCGACCACAGCGCUCAAAAUUAUAACUAUUACAUGUACCUUCAAUCGAGUAACACGGAAACGAUGUACAUGAUGAAUUCGGGAAUGAGUCACCCACCACUCCAUGCACCCGGAUCUCAUUUUUGAGUGAAAAUGCGUUCGGUGGAAUUCGGCAAGUUAUAGACUUUUUGACGUAACGCAUAAGUGCUUCUGUGAUACGCGCACAAUACAGUGACUUUAAUUAUAAAACUAUAGAAUCUUACUUUUAAUAAAAAAAAACGUUGAUGGUAAGUGACUUAAGAGCAUCAAAGUGGGUUCACGUAACAUAAAUUAAGCCAAAAAACAGUGUAUCCCGCAGAAUGAAGCAAAAAUACUUAUAUUUUAACAUAUGUGUAAAUCCCUACGUUAACACCAAAUUUAUUAUUUAAUUGUUAAAGUAGUUAUCGCUACUGGUCACCCAAAACCCCCUGGAAUAAUUAGGAGUGCGGAGGUAAAUAGACACAUUUAAGCUUACCCAGUGGAAAUUUAUAAUUGACUUUAUCAAUAAAACGCAAUGUUAGUUUCAAUAAAAUUAUUUUAACAACAUUUAACUAUUGCUUCGCAUUACUAAGGCUUUAUGAGGAGUAUAAUAACAUUAAAAUGCGAAACGGAAAGGUCUCAGGAGAUCCGCGAGAUACGGUGGUUUUUGUCCUAAUAAAAGUAUACAAAAUUCUGGGAAAAGCAACCAUUCUGUAUUUAACUGUAACAAUAGCAUAUUUUUCAUGAACAAGUCAGUAACAAAAGACCAAACCCU